CUUUCACCAUCACUAAUACAAGUCGUUCUCAUCUCUCUCUCUUCUGCAUAAUUCUUCUCUUUAUUUGCAUUUCUUCUUCUUCCAAAGCUAAAGAAAUAAUUUUUCAUAUUCUAAGUUAAAUUAAAUUAGCAUACAAAAUCAAUGGCUUUUUCUUCAAGAAUUUGCUCAAUUUCUUUGGUGUUGGCAUUUGCAGUCUUGGUGAGUUUUGCAGAAGCAAGAGAUCAUCUUGUGGGUGGUAAACCAGAUGGUUGGAAAAUUCCUGCUUCUGAAUCUGAUUCUCUCAACAAAUGGGCUGAGAAAAGCAGGUUUCAAAUUGGUGAUUUUUUGGUGUGGAAUUAUGACAGCAAAAAAGACUCAGUUUUGGAAGUAACAAGGGAGGCAUACUUAAGCUGCAACACAAGCACCCCAAUAGCUGAGCACAAGAAAGAUGAAACCAAAGUUCAAUUGGAAAAGGCAGGCCCAUACUACUUCAUCAGUGGAUCACAAGCCAACUGUGAGAAGGGAGAGAAGGUCAUUGUGGUUGUAAUGGCAGCUCGAAGCCGGCGUUCUGGUGCUGUUUCUCCGGCUCUUGCGCCGUCUUCGGCUUUCGGAAUCGAGGCUCCAGCAGUUGCUCCUACUAGUGGUGCUUCAGGGCUCAAGGGUGGAGUUAUGGUGGUUGUUGGGGUUUUGGCUGCCUUCCUUAUGAUGUGAGGAACGUGACAAGUUUUGUGGGAUUUACUUAGUGUUAUACAAUUCACUUACCUAAGGCAAAAUCUUUGGAUUUUCCUUCAUUUUUUUUUUGGUUUAUCAAAUCUGCUAUCAUGUAGUACUAUUUUUUCUCUAAGAUCAUAUUAAUUGAAUUAUUCUUUAUUUUUA